UUCUGUCAGUGUAAGCGGUCUAGUUAAUGCGCUCUUAAGUGACAUAUUGGCAGUGUCUCAAAACCUCAUGAGCAGACUACCUAGACUGGAUUUUGUGCAUUAUAUGUGCCGUGGGAAUGAACGAUAGGACCACAGCACGCGUUUCGUCUACUAUUGUUAAUUUUUUGUCAGUCACUCUUUAAACGCUGCGUCGCGUCUCUCCGUUUUCACCGUCUUGCGCCAUCAGCGUUAAACAGCAUGUAACUUCUAUUAACUUCUUUAAUUUCGACUUUAAACCCUCGCGGUCAGUGCCAUUCCGUUGCCUUGUAUCUAGCAUUUUUUAACAACGACAGACGUGUCAAACGCCCCCAUACUUUCUGCGCGCGGAAGAAUCAGUUGCCGCGGACUUUUGAGUGACGUGACGAACUCGUAGCGAGCGGCUAGACGUUUACUGUCCUGCCGCUCAGUUUUCCUCAUUACUCCAGCAGACGGGCUUUAAACAAAGACUACCGGUUAAAACGGAGCACCUGGCUUUCUCCUAUGCCUAAUGGGAAGUGUCGUAGCUUUUGUGACUGCGCCGUGCUGUUGUUAAAUUGUGAUUCGUCUGGUUGGGAGCAUAUAUUGUAAAAUAUCGUUUCAGGUUGCGUUAUAGACACACAAUCUGCGCGCAAGUAUGCCGAGGAGAAAACAGCAGGCGCCCAAACGAGCGGCAGCUUAUGAUUCUGAAAAUGUUAAGGAGAGCACCAUACAGACCGAAGACACUGGAAGUGAUUGCUCAGUGACCAAGAAAAAACAACAGGGGGAAAGUGAUUUGGGAGAAGACUUAAAUAACCCAGUAGAUGAACAAGAUUCCCCUACUGCUGAGCUGUCAGGCCAUGAUGUUGACAAUGAAUCGCACACAAGUGAAUCUAGUGACCCCACGUCAGAUGCAGACAGCAGCAUCCCGAUCAAAAAUAUGGAGGAGGCCACAACAGACUUUUUAAAAGACCAUUCUGAGGACCAUUCUGAGGACAGCCUAGAACAGAUGAAGGCCAUUUACAAAAGCUUCCUUAAUAAUCCCUACUGGUCCUUUUUGAGCUUGAAUUCCUCUCAACUGCAUGCAGAUGAACAGCCAGCCAGUAGCAGCGGUAGCAGUAGUAGCAACAGCAGUCCUGGACGUAACAGCUAUGACUGGCAUCAGUCUGCUAUCGCAAAGACACUCCAACAGGUCUCUCAGAAACAACCUGCUGCACUUGAACCAAGUAUUUUCUCCACUGUCCAGCUCUACCGCCAAAGUCCUAAACUCUAUGGAUCCAUCUUUACAGGUGCAAGCAAGUUCCACUGCAAAAGCUGCAGUGCAUCAUAUGACACGCUGCUUGAUCUCACAGUUCACAUGAAUGAAACAGACCACUACCGUGAUGACAACCUUGAAAGUGCUAGUAAGGGUGCUAAGUCAUGGUCAAAGCCUCGGAAGCGCUCUCUUUUGGAGAUGGAGGGAAAGGAAGAUGCCCAGAAAGUCCUACUCUGUAUGUACUGUGGACACUCUUUUGAAUCCCUGCAAGACCUCAGCGUUCACAUGAUAAAGACUAAGCAUUACCAGAAGGUUCCUCUGAGAGAGCCAAGAACUGCAAUUGCUGCUAAAGUUGUGUCUUCCUUCAGGAAGAGGGUUCCAGUGGAGCUGUAUGUUGCAAAAUCUUUGCACACCACAGAAAAGACAAGAAGUCCCAACAGAGGGCAGGCCAGUGAUACUUUUCAGAUGUAUUCUGAACAAACCAACAAAGACGACUUGAUGGAUCAGAAAACAAGCCCUGGUGUGCAUUUCAAGUCUCAGAACCUCAAACGUAAGGAGAGUGGGAUUUCACAUGACUCUUUGCAACCGUUGAGUGCUCCUGCGAUGUUGACUGGCCACUUUGUCAGAGUCACCCAAACACUGCAAAAGACAGUCAAGCCUCCUCAUCCCAAAAGUAAGUCUGAGAAGUCUCAGUUAGAUACACAAUGUUCUUCCCCUCUCUUAGCCACAGGAAUCUUGGAAUCAUUGUCCCUCCCAUCUGUAGCAACUGGGGACAAAAUCAAGACACAAGAAAUGACUUCUCAAAAAGACAGUGAUUGCAAGGAUUCUGCAAAUAUAAAUGAUGCCAAGCAGAAAUUCAGCAUAUCAUCGAAGUCUGAUUACCUAACUGAAGAUGAUCUAAAAGAGAGUCCUAAAAUGGAUUUUGAUAUUCUAAAAUCACUGGAGAAUACAGUUACAUCAGCUAUAAACAAAGCACAAAGGGGUGCCCCGAGUUGGGGUGGUUACCAGAGCAUUCAUGCAGCUUAUCAGUUACAAAACCAACUGAAACCUGGUCUAAACAACUCAGGCUACAUUUCUUCUUUAAAACAAUCUAGCAGUAGUCAGGAAGCCCAGUCCAUAGACAAAAGUCAUUUAAUCUCUCCUUGUACUUCACCAAGAGCUUCCUCUACCACAGUUAAUAUCCAGAAGGUGGACAAACUGGAAAAGAAAGUAACAGAAAAGAUUUCUGAGGUUGACAGAUAUAAUGACUUGAAUGGGCAAGGAUCCUUACAUCAGCAACUGCUGAAUUCCAAAGGGAAACCACUAAUGUCAAAAUCUCCAAGUCAUGAGAGUGCAUUUACAUCUAUGAGAAAUGUCUCUGAGGGUAACACAGACGAAAGAGAAAUUCAGAAGCACACACAAGAUUACAGAACUCACCCCACUUCAGAUCUGUAUGAUAAUGCUGGUCUACUCUCUGCCCACCCUGAGCCAAAACAACCCUCUGUCAGUCCUCUAAGUGCCCUUCAAUCUGUUAUGAACCUUCAUCUGGGUAAAGCUGCCAAACCGGUAAGGCCGGUCCAGGACCCUAUGAGCAUGCUUCUCAGGAUGAGCAACAGCAUGGCAGAAAGGGCCGCUCUUGCCGGUCCAUCUGGACACUCAGCGAAACUUAGCCAGUUGCAUUCUGACUGCCAUGAAAUUUGCAGAGACCAACCGAUAGACUUGUCCAAAGGCAAAAGUGAACAGUGUCUCAGAGCUGCUGCUCUCCCAGGUAAAGCUUUGAGUUCCUCUGUGUCUGGUGUAUCUGUCGGGGAAUCAGCCAGUUCUGAAAUAUUAUCAACAGCGAGUCCUUUGCGUGAAAAUGCCCUCUCUGACAUAUCAGACAUGCUGCGCAAUCUCUCAGAUUCUAGAGUUUUGAAGUCCCCAAUGCUUUUAUGUAAGCCAGAACAGUCAGAAAUCGAGGGUUCUCACACUUCAGAUGAGGCAGAGGAUACAUCCAUGGUGCACAAACGUAAAGGUAGGCAAUCGCACUGGAAGCCCCAGCACUUGCUGAUUUUGCAGGCUCAGUUUGCAUCCUGCCUCAGGCAGACAGCUGAUGGAAAGUAUGUGAUAUCAGACUUGAGCUCCCAGGAAAGGAUGGUCAUAUCGCAUAUAACAGGUCUAUCUAUGACAACCAUCAGCCACUGGCUUGCCAAUGUGAAAUAUCAGCUCAGACGAACAGGCAGAACAAAGUUCAUAAAGAACGUUGACUCGGGACACCCGAUUUUCUACUGUAGUGAAUGUGCAACACAGUUCCAAGUUCGUUCUACAUACAUCUGUCACCUUGAGUCACACCUUGGGUUUAAAAUGAAAGACUUGGAAAAACUUACUUCUAAGGAUCUGAACCGGAGGAUUACAAAGCAUUCUAAGAGCCCUCCCAUGAAACCUGCAAUUCCUGCUGUACUGCCAGCUAGAGGAUGUCAGGAGCAAUUGCCACCGGUGCCAGCACUGUAAUAUACAAAAAAAAAAAAAAAAAA